CGGCAGCAGAGCCUUACACACCCACUUUUUUCCAGAUACUUUCAAUCGUGUACAAACCUUCUGGUGAGUUGUACACAGCCGCAGCCGCUCGGUCCAACAUGGCCAAGUCGAAUGAUCUAAAAAUCUUCCUGGAGUCCUCUCUGAAUGAAAUCUUUAAAGCGACAGUGAGCGACAUCCUGGACUCAGUGGACCGGACUCUGUCCGAGUACCAGGGCACAAUAAAGAGGAUAGAGUCCGAAAACGAGGGCCUGAAGCGGCUUCUUUUUGCACAGAAGAGCAAGGAGUCUGCUGCCAGAGAUAUGCCCGAACAAGAUGCAUCUAAAGAGCUUUCAACUUCAGAAUGGAACAGUCGUCCCAUCACCUCCACCCAGGCCACAUUCAAGAUGUCGAUAUGCAGCAGUGACAAGAAGAGCGUCAGGAGGAAGCAUAAAGACAAGAUGAGGGACAGCACAGCCUCUGCCUCCUUUUUACUGCAGACUGAUCAAAUGGUAGACCGACCACGUGUGAACACAUCAGAGGUGGGUGCCUCCACCCAGAACUUGAUAUCCGUAAAGACAGAGGCUGACCUGGAUGAAAGUGGUGCCAUUGACCUCUCGCAGCCUUCAUCCCUCCUCAAUCUGACAAUGAGGCCAAUAAAAAACGAGAGCACGGAGGCCAGUUUUGACGGCCAUGAUGCAUAUGCACCUCCGCCACCAUCUGUAGGCCUCGAACAAGACUCCGGAGGCAGUGACAGUGAAGUUAAAGUCACCAUUGUGUCUGACACUUACAUGCAGGAUGGACAGUUCAUUAAAACAGAGGAGGAGGAGCAGAAUGGGGUAUUGCAGUACGGUGACGCGUUGAAGCAUGCGUUGAGAUAUUACCCCGGAUCAGAAUUAGAUCCUGAGGGAGCGAGUAGACAGGUUGAAGCAGUGAUGCACGAGGAAAGCAAUUCACCCGCCGUUCCCGCGGAUGAGUUUUUGGAGAUUCACGAUAACUUUUUGCGCUGUCCCAUCUGUCCCAAAACAUUUAGUCGAGCGACCUCGCUCAACGUCCACAUCAAGACUCACAGUGGCGAGAAGGCCCACAGCUGCAGCUACUGUGGUAAACGCUUUGGCCGGGCCGAUCUCCUCAAAUCCCACAAGCGCACGCACACGGGAGAAAGACCCUAUAGCUGCAACACCUGCAGUAAAACAUACGCCCACCCCAGUCAGCUCAGGAUACACAAACGUGUCCACACUGGAGAGAAGCCUUAUUCCUGCUCACACUGUGCGAAGCGCUUUAACGAACACAACCAGCUCAAAGUCCACUUGCGGACUCACACCGGGGAGAGGCCUUACAGCUGCCAGGAGUGUGGCAAAACCUUCAGCAACGCAGGCAACCUGCGGAUACACGAGAGGAUCCACACCGGUGAGAAGCCAUACUGCUGCGCUCAGUGUGGGAAAAGGUUUAACGGCUUGGGUGACCUCAAGACACAUUACAGGAUUCACACUGGAGAGAGGCCCUACAGCUGUGAGCUGUGCAAGAAGACCUUCAGCCAGGCGGGCCACCUCACCAUACACAUGCGGAUGCACACAGGAGAAAGACCAUACAGCUGCAAUGAAUGCGGCAAGAAGUUCACGGUGGCCAGCAGCCUCAAACUGCACCAGAGGACUCACACGGGAGAGAAGGAGUACAGCUGCUCGUACUGCAGCAAGAGCUUCAGCAGGUCCGGUCACCUGAAGAGACACGAACUGGUCCACACCAAAGAGAAGGUCUUCCUUUGCAGCCAGUGUGGAAAGACCUACACCGACCAGUCGUCCCUUAAAAAGCACCUGAAGAUGCACGCAGCCAAGGAGCAGAAGGCUCAGGGCGAGGGAAGCACCAGCGAGGCUGAAACAAACCCAGCCCAGUCUGCAGCUCCUGAGACACUUUCAGACACCGAGAGAAGUUAGAACCAAAUUCUUGGAGAUAAGUAAUGUUAAAGCUGAGAAUGAGUACUGUGUGUGAUUUUGCACAAUAAUCUGAAAUUAAGAUCCACUUACUGUCUUUUCCCAGCUUUUAAACACAUCUCACGGCAACGCUGUGUGCUGUGGUUGAAAGCUUCAGAAAAGGCUUUUUAGUGGACCUUGAGUUAAGAUUGUUAUGUCAAACUGCUGUUCCCAAGGUCGAAAAUGAAGUUUAACACUCAAACUUAUGUGAUGUUUGUGGUACAGUGCAAUACACUGUUGUCUAAUCCUUGCUGUGAUUUUAGUAGAUCAAAAUAUUUAGCAAUAUUUUACUUUCAUUGAUAAACUCUAAUAUUCCUCUUGUAGUCUACAGACAGAAAAUGGGACCUUAAAAGAACAGUUGUUCUUUUAAACAUGCUGUAUGUUACCACAGUCUUGGUGGUAUGUUUUUGAAAUGCUUUAAAGGAAGAGAAGAAUGAGGGAAUGCAGCGUCUGUCAGACUGCCAUGCAGGUCCAGGUGUCUGUUUUGAAGCUGAACCUGACCUUUGACCUCCCUGUGGAGAAAGUAAAAAUUCCCUAAAGGAGUCAGUAGAAUAUAACAAUAUUAUUGUUUAGAAUUAAGGUGCUUCUACACACGAUUAUACACCUCAUUGUAGCUGGAGGGUUAGAAAUGUGUGCUGUAUCAGUGAUUUACAGUGAAGAUCAUUAAUAUAUUGCUGUAUAUAGCUUUAACUAUACAGUCAGCAGUCUGAUCCUUUGAACUGACAAGAAUGUAUUUAUGUAAUGAUGUUAUCGAAAAUGAUGUUACUGCAGAUAAUCAGUUAUUGAUCAUCCAGCUUUCAAUAAUGAAUUAAUAAUCAUUCCGUAAGCCAUGCUGAUCUCAAAGAAUGUCGAGCUUUUAGAGGAUGUGCUUUAGGUUGUUCACUGUUCUAGGAAACGUGUCUCUUUUCAUGAAUCAUUUACAACUGACACAUACAGGAGUAAAAUGUCAUGUUUAUGAUGAUAGGGCUACUGUUUGUUGUGGCAACUGGUUGAUAUACGUGCACAGCAAUGUAUAUGAAACUGAGUGUUUGCUACUAGGAACUUAUUGUGACUUACUUUUGUGUGAUUUGUGUCUAAAUUAAAGAGAA